AGUAUGGAGUGAAAUGGAGUGGUGUUUGCAGCUGUUUCAGAAUGCAGAAGUUUGUAGCAGGGUAAAGCGCAGUGCCGGGCAAAUGGCCACGUACAGCCAUUUGGGCAACGGCUACGCCAGCCAGGUGCCAACACACCCUGUGCUCCGUCCUCCUGCCACUGCCCCGGCGGGUGGUCCAGGGCCAUCUGGGCCCUGUGGGCCCUGUGGGCCUGCAGGAUCACCUGGGUCUAGGGCCUUCAGUGCAAAUCCAACAUCCCCGUAUGGUUCCUGGGAUCAACUGCCCGCAGGCACUGUGGAUGAGGAUGCAGAUCCAGACUUUGAGGAGAUGGUGAGCGACCUGCGGAGGAGUUUCGUGGGCUGGCUGAAAAAGGCAGAGCUUGAAACGAAGCAGCACCGCAGUGACAUCAGGCGAGGGCGCCAAGCCUUUGAGGAAGAGAAACUCUCAGUCUGGCAGCAGUUCAUGGCUGAGAAGCAGCGCGAGGUGGAGAAAAUCCGAGAGGAUCGUCGCCACGCAGAGGAGGAGAUGGCUACGCAUCUGAGGCAAGUGCAGUCAGACAUCGAGGAGGCCCGACAGCGAAUUAGCGAAGAGCGUCUCCGGGUUGAGCAGGAAGGCUCUCAAAGACGACGGAGCGUUGCCCACGAGUAUGAGAAGUUUCGCCAAGAGUACGGCCUUUUCGAAGCUGAUCGGCAGCGUUUGGCCAAUCCUCAGCUGGCAGCAGAGAGCACCGUGGAUUUGAACGUGGGAGGCACUGUUUUCGAGACCACCCGGUCGACGUUGGUUCAGCAAUCCGGCAGCUUCCUGGAGAGCCUCCUCUCUGGCAGGUAUCAGGUCAGUCGGGAUCGUUAUGGUCGGAUAUUUCUGAACCGUGAUCCGGACCACUUCCGCACCAUCCUGAACUUCCUUCGGAAUCCGCACACGCCUCCGAUGCCGAGGGACACAGCUGAGUCAGAAGCUCUGGUACAGGAAGCAGCUUUCUAUGGUGUGCACUUCUUCCCCUUCCCGUUAGUCUUUGCAGUGGGAGGCCAUGAUGGGUACGAACAUUUGCGUGCCAUGGAGGUGCUGGAUGUGGGAAAUCAAUGUUGGCGACCCUGCAGGGCCAUGGCCACAGAACGGACCUACUUCGGCGCAGCCACACUGCGAAACCGCUUGCACGUUUUCGGUGGGCAGAAUUUGGACUACAAGGCACUUUGCGAUGUGGAGAUCUAUGACUGUCUUCGUGACACCUGGGAGGUGGGUUCGGCCAUGCGCUUUGCGCGGCGAAAUUGCGCCAGCUGCGAGCUGGAGGGCCGUAUCUAUGCCAUUGGAGGUUUCGAUGGCACUCGGAUCAUUGAUUCGGUCGAGGCUUAUGACAGCCGCUUGAAGAGUUGGAUGCAGAUGGAGCCUUUGCCAAGCGGUCGUUCUUCCCCCAUGGCCACUGUCAAUGGUGGAAAACUGUGGGUGCUUGGAGGAACUUCUGGGACCAGGCUUCGAACGGUCGACGUGUUCGAUCCUCGUGCCAAUCGGUGGGAGUCCUUGAAGACAGAGAUGGUCGAUGCACGUUCUGCAGGGCAGGCUGCGAACUGCGUCCAUCAUGUCUUUGCUAUGGGUGGCACAGACAACGACCACAGGAUUCACUUCUCAGCGGAGUGUUUAGAUCCCGAUGAUCAUGUGUUCACCUUACGUGCGCCAAUGCAGGAAUCUCGAAUGGAUUUCGCUGCUGCAGUCAUUUCGGACUCUAUCAUGGUGACUGGAGGGCAAAAUGGCAGCGUGCUUUCAUCUUCAGAGUUUUAUAGACCAGAGCUUGAUGAAUGGCAGGCUGGGCCGUCAAUGGCAAUCCCAAGAUAUGGGCACCAGUGCUUACUUUGCAGCCUUUGA